GCGGCUUGCAAUCGAUUAGGAGCAGUCAUCUGAUUAUACCACGGUCUUCUGAGCUACGGUUGCUUGGUUGCUUCCAUCAACAGUUCUGCCUGUCUCCUGAGAGUAGUUAAGGAAUUGAAGCUCGAUGCAAUCCUUUUUUGAAUCAAAACUAUUCUAACUGAAUAUCUCACAAGGGCUGAUGCCUAAAUUGCAUUCUUGAGAUGGAACCUGAAGAAGCUUUUACUGAGAAUGAUCGGCACUUCAUGUUACUAGCGUUCGAGGAGGCCAGAGGAGCAUUGGCUCGCGGCGAAGUCCCAAUAGGGUGCAUCAUCGUCCAGGAUGAUGAGGUCAUAGCAGCAGGGAGCAAUCUCACAAAUGAAUCAAGGAAUGCCACAAGGCAUGCAGAGAUGGAUGCUGUUGACAAAAUUUUUGCAAACAUUGCCGGCCCUGAUCGCAAUCAUGCAUUUGAAAGGUGCCGGCUGUUUGUCACUUGCGAGCCUUGCAUCAUGUGUGCUGGCGCGCUGAGCCUGCUGCGCUUUGCUCAGGUUGUGUAUGGGUGCAGAAAUGACAGAUUCGGUGGCUGCGGCUCAAUCUUGUCCAUCCACGAGAAUGGAUGUGGGGGCUGUGGAGGGGAUACCACGGUGCCUGGUUUCAAGCUGCGGUGUAGGGGAGGACUCAUGGCUGAGGAGGCGGUCACCCUGCUCAAAGAGUUCUAUGCCACAGGCAACCCAAAGGCCCCAAAACCGCAUCGCCCUCUAGCACCCGUCAGCAAGGGCACUCCAGAUGCCGGCACAGUGACAGCCGGCCGAGCUUGAGCGUGCGCGUCGAGGCCAGCCCUGAAGCAUGCUGGACAGUAGUUUUCAGUUGACGCUGCAAGGUCCAGAUCCAAUUGGGACCCCAAUCGCGCCACAAGAAUGUCCAGAGAGCUGCCAAAGAACUCCUUACGUUGACGCAUCAGGAACUUUCUAAUAGAUGGGACCGGUUUCGGCCAAAAGAUCCUACUAUGUUGAAUUGGAGAAGCAGCGAGCCACCAGCUUGUGCCAGCAGUGUAAUAACAGAUGCUUGCGCUAAUGCUGCUCUCCAGCAGCAGCACAUCUGAGCUCUAGAUGUCUCGACCUGAAACAUGUGCUGUGCGAUGAUCGCAUUGUGAUCUUGUCUGCAUGCAGCAACUUUUCUGCUCUUCAAGCAGUAUAGCGCUCUAAUGGAAGGCACAGACUUCUGUAAAGCAUCCCCAU